UCCGCGGAGCAGCUGGUUACGUGUCGGUGCCGGAGUAAAGAUGGCCGACAGGAAAAGCGGCACUAACUUGCUUUUCUCCUCCGACACCGAGUUCAGUUUCCCGGUGCCUUUCAUCCCUGUCAGUCAGGCGCAGGCGGCGGACAGCAGCCUUCUCUCAGCGGAUGAAUCCACAGACGUUGGUGAGGAGGAUAGUUUUGUAGGUCAGACUUCUGCUUCCACAAGUCACCCGUCAACCUUCAGCUAUUUCACCCAGGCUGCAACCAACAAUGAUCCUUUUGCGAAUAUUGGACAUCCUCCUUUCACAACAGCAGCACCACCUGCGGGGACGGCUUCAUUACCAAUGGUUCCAACUGAAGUACCCCUUACUUCUACAGCACAUUCUGUGCAGGAUCCCUUUGAAUUUCAGAGUCCGCAGUCUCAGCCUGGCUCCAUGAUGCCACCGGCGACUCAGUAUAUUAGCACAACGUAUCAGAGUACUCAGCAUGCCAUUUCCUCAUCAACUGCUUUUUCAUCUGUUUCCUCUCCUCAGACUCAGCAUAGUUAUAAUCCUUAUCGCCAAAGUUCGCAGACCAGUCGCCCCAGUCCCUACUUUACACCACCUCAGCUUCAGCAAAGCCAAAAUCAAGGUCACCAGCAAAUGCCUUCCUUUCAGUCUACUCCUCCAGUGAAUCAUCUGUACCAGACACCGCCAACAUCUCCUCCACAGGCCACUGUAGGGCAAGGUGUGUUACCCCCACCUGCUUCUAAACCUAUAGCUGCAGCAGUGCAGCCUUUACUGAAUUUGCCAUAUAACCUGUAUGAACCUGUGCGACCCCAUUGGUUCUACUGCAAGCUGGUGGAAUGUAAACCACUCUGGAUGCCAUUAAGUUUUCUGGAUACAGCGAAGCUGGAAGAAAUUUACAACUCGAUACAACCAGACCCUGAAAAUGUGAUUGUGUCCACUGAUGGAGGCCGCUAUGACAUUCAAUUAUAUGACCGCACGCGGCAUGCUGUGUACUGGGAAGAGGAACCAUCAGAAGUGAGGCGAUGCACGUGGUUUUAUAAAGGGGACAUGGACAGCAGGUUUAUUCCUUACUCUGAGGAAUUUAGUGAAAAGUUGGAGGGGGAAUAUAAAAAAGCUGUAACUACCAACCAGUGGCAUAAAAGACUGGAGUUCUCUAGUGGAGAAACCAUUGUUAUGCAUAAUCCAAAGGUCAUAGUUCAGUUCCAGGCUUCUUCACAACCAGACGAAUGGGGAACCACACCAGAUGGACAGACUAGGCCCAGAGUGGUCAAACGUGGGAUUGAUGAUGACCAUGAUGAGAUUCCUGAAGGUGAGCUGCCAGAGGUUAAUCAUCUGGUGUUCAUGGCACAUGGAAUUGGGCCUGUUUGUGACUUACGUUUCAGAAGCAUUGUUGAAUGUGUUGAUGACUUCAGAAAUGUUUCUUUGAAACUAUUACGCACACACUUUAAAAAAGCAGUAGAUGAGAAAAGAAUCUCAAGAAUCGAAUUCCUCCCUAUUCACUGGCACAGUGCCCUUCAUGGAGAUGCUACUGGAGUAGACAGGCGUAUGAAGAAAAUCACAUUACCAAGUAUAGGCCGCUUGCGUCACUUUACCAAUGAGACAUUAUUGGAUAUAUUCUUCUACAACAGCCCUGCUUACUGUCAGACUAUUGUGGAUAAAGCAGCUGCAGAAAUCAAUCGACUAUAUGCUCUCUUCUUGAGUCGAAAUCCUAAUUUCAAAGGAGGAGUCUCCCUUGCAGGACACGGUCUCGGUUCUCUGAUCCUUUUUGAUUUGUUGGCCAAUCAGACAGGCUCCUCUUCCCCUGGUAAUCCCACUCUAUUGGCAUCAAAUGGGACUGUGAAAGACCCUAGAAUCCUGGAUGAGGCUCAGGAGAAUCAGGAUUGCCAGGAUCCUGAGCCUUCUGAUGAGCUGAAAGAUGAACAAGAGGAGGAUAUUCUGACACUACCAGAAGCAUUGGAAUCAGUUGGUCUUUCUGAGUACCUCAGCACACUGGAAAAGGAAGAAAUAGACAUGGAAUCAUUGCUCAUGUGUACUGUUGAUGACCUGAAGGAAAUGGGGAUUCCUCUUGGACCAAGGAAGAAAAUAGCCAAUUUUGUAAAGGAGAGAGUAAAUGCGCAGACAAAGAAGAAAGCUGCAAUGGAGAGAAAGGCAGCUCUGGAAGGUCUGAAGAAAGUUCAGCAAGAAGAAAUUCAAAAAUCCAAGGAUGGAACUGAUCAAAUAAACUCAUUAACUGCAGAAAAGCAGCUGAGUUUGAAGAAGAUACUGUCUUAUGCUGGGACUAGUGUUUCAUCUGUCACUGUACAUUAUGACCAUUUUGAAGCAGGUGCUGGCCAGGUGUCUGUGGUUUAUCAAACACUAGACUUCAAACCAGAUAACUUCUUUGCCUUGGGUUCUCCUAUUGGUAUGUUUCUCACUGUGCGUGGGCUGGAGAAGAUUGAUGAAAGCUACCAACUACCAACCUGCAAGAGAUUUUUCAAUAUUUAUCAUCCAUUGGAUCCUGUUGCAUAUCGAAUGGAGCCUAUGAUUCUGCCUGAACUGAGUAUUAAACCAGUUCUCGUUCCACAUCAUAAGGGUAGAAAGAGACUUCAUCUUGAGUUGAAGGAAAGCCUAUCCCGCAUGGGCUCAGAUUUGAAACAAGGCUUCAUUAGUUCUCUGAAGAAUGCCUGGCAGACACUGAAUGAAUUUGCACGUGCCCAUACCUCUUCAACCCAGCUGCAAGCUGAGCUAGAGAAGGUAGCUAACCAAAUUAAAGAGGAGGAAGAAAAACAUGUGGAGGAAGAACAAAAGUUGGUGGAAAGCCCAGAAUCACCCAAGGAUGAGGAUUCAACAGUGAAGAUCGGAAUGCUAAAUGGCGGGCAUCGCAUUGAUUAUGUUCUUCAAGAAAAACCAAUUGAGAGCUUCAAUGAAUAUUUGUUUGCUCUUCAGAGCCAUUUAUGCUACUGGGAAUCAGAAGACACUGCUUUGCUGUUUCUUAAAGAGGUUUACAAAUCGAUGGGCAUCAGUCCUGAACAGCCACAGCAUUGAUGGCCAUGGGGUGUGCUAUAUUUACCUCAGCAACACUGGUCAUCUGAAACACCAAAAGCUCUGUUGAACACAACACAACAAUCUUAGACCUGCGAAUGAGAUUAAUAGUUGUAUCUAUCUUCCUACUGGGAUGACAGUAUUUAUACAGUCUGCGGUUAUUUGACAAUACAAGCAACUGACUCUAAAGGAAAACAUCUUGCUUUGAAAAGCUAUUAACUCUGUUUGAUUGUCAUGGUUCUGAAGUAUCUUGCGUUAAAUUAAUGAAGCAGUUCAACUGAUCAUUUGAAAUAACUUCUGUUCUGAUUUAUUUGCUAACUAAACUAUUCAUUAGUUUUCGAAGAUCACUUAAAUAUUGUUUUCAGGUACUUGCUUGCCUGGUGGAGCUGAUGAAGUAUAAAAUAUUCUUUCUUGAUUUGUUAACUCAUUCCAUUCAUUAUAGAAUUCAUUUCCUUAAUCUGCAGUGGCUUGCUUCAGAUAAGUGAAUAAUUAGGGUUUACAAGGUUGUACCAUGAAUGAGGCGAACCAUGCUCCUGCCAAAUGUUAUGCAUAUUUAAAUAUAUACUUCAUUUGUUGACUUGCAAAAUAUUCACUUUUAUUAAUUGUUUACUGGCUUAUGUACUCAGUAAAUAUUCUGACACUUACAAUAAUUACACACUGUGAAUUCAAGAGGCAUCCCUUGGAUGUACGGCACUCCUCAACUGCAAAAAUUAACAAUUUCAUUACAAAAUUAGUUACUUGUCUAACUGUAAUGUUCGUUGGAACUCUACACCCUCCCGAGAGAAAGUUGGUUCUCUCUCUCUUUCAGAUCAACCACAUAUGAUGGCAGUAAGAUUAUUUUUGGAAUACAGUGCAGCAAUGUAUCAAACUGAUGUUUGCAGUUUCAACACACCAUUGAAAGCUUUUGGGUGGACUUCAUUGAUUUUCAAUUUUCACUUUACAUAAAAUCCAAAUAAAUAGCUACUUUAAGCCAUUGUGUUGAUGCUGCCAUAUAUGCAGUGUUUUUGGGUUUUACAAGCUUUGAUGGUAUUCUGUUAGGGCAGUGAUAAAAUUGGAUUUUUCCAAUGGUACCAAAUGCAGAGAGUUGUAAUGAAAUAAAGAACUUGCAUUGUGAUCAAUGCUGUGAAAAUCACUAAUAGGAUUUUGUCAUUGGACCUAAAUAGACAGAAUAUCCUACUCAUUACAUAAGUGGUUAAGCACGCUGACUAUUUUGUUUUAUAGUAUGGGAAAUUUAACCAAGCAACUGAGAAAUUAAAUACCAGGGCCAUGAAGUGACCUUUCAGUCACUCUCUUCUCUUUUACCAAGCUCUGCCCAAUCUGACCAACCUCAAUUUCCCCUCUUACUGUUCCAGUCACUUACUGGAUGUGAAACAGAACCCUAGACAAUGUUACGUCAAGGUGAUUUCAAAAUUUUGAAUGUAUUUUUCGUUGCCAAACUUGAGAGUUAUGUAAGUAAAUGUUCAUUCAGACAAUCAAGCAGUGUGUUUGAAGCUAAGUGUGUACUGUUCAGUAAAGUUUAACGUUAUGAUAAUACAUUUCAGGUUAAUUUAUAUUGUGAAAGAUCCUAGAAAACAAGGCAUGACUUGAAACAUGCAAACAACAGCCCCUUAUUUUUGUAGCGCACUGCUUCUAAAUUUCCCUGCACAUUUCAGUUCCUUCUCUCUCUCUCUCUCUCUCGCUGUCUCUCUCUCGCUGUCUCUCUCUCGCUGUCUCUCUCUCGCUGUCUCUCGCUCGCUGUCUCUCGCUCGCUGUCUCUCGCUCGCUGUCUCUCGCUCGCUGUCUCUCUCUCUCUCUCUCUCUCUUUCUCUGUGCCUCUUGCUGUCUCUCUUGCUCUCUCUCUCGCUGUCUCUCUUCUUCUCUUUCUCCCCCCUCCCCCAGGGGUUGAACAUGAGGCGGCAGCUAUUUGGGUAUUGUCAUUGUUUGGGUUUUGUGUAUGUAUGUAGGAUUAUGUUGCAUUUAUCACAACGGGCACGUUAAAGUUCACAGACUUGGCAUGCAACUGAUAUAGUUUUAUUGUUUUACUUUAAGUCAAUAAUGCAUCAUUUAAAAAGAAAGAAAAAGGGAAAUGAGUAAAGCUGUAAAACUUUGUGUUCAGGAUAUUGAACUGUGUUGUGUCUCAAAUUGUCUUAUGCUGCUUUGCCAUUCAAGGUUCAAAGAAGUGAUUGUGCCAAGUAAUGGGAAAAUAAGAAUUGCAUGAUUUCCACUGAAAUGUUAUUUAAA